AUGGCCUUUGAGCAAUACUUUGCCAAGGAAUGGAAAUCCAUUUCAGUCGCAGCAGGAGAUUCCGAGAAGAUAUCUGGUUGCUUUGAUUGCAAUAUCUGCUUAGACUUUGCACGUGAUCCUGUGGUUACCCUCUGUGGCCACCUCUACUGUUGGCCCUGCAUCUACAAGUGGUUCCAUGUCCAAAGUGCCUCGCUUGCUUCAGAUGAACCUCCACGAUGCCCAGUUUGCAAAGCUGGUAUAUCCCACACAACCGUGGUCCCUCUUUAUGGCCGGGGCCAAGCACCAUCCGAGGCCGAGCCUGAAGGCAAGGCUUCCUCUCUAAGCAUGAUCAUACCUCCUAGGCCGCCAGCUUGUGGUACACAAGACCUGAUUAAUCCAUCAAAUCAUGGUCAGCAACUUCCUUACCGAAAUCCCUAUCAGAAUCCACAACAUUUCACUCAUUCAUUCGGAAAUUAUCAAGAAGAUUCUUCCCCUCCAUUGUUUAACCAUGGGGGCAGUACAGCAUCGGAUGUUUUCCCUCCGCUGGUCGGGAUGUAUGGGGAGAUGGUUUAUGCUAGGGUAUUUGGUAAUUCAGAGAGCUUAUAUACUUAUCCUAACUCAUACCAUUUGGUAGGAAGUACCAGCCCAAGGUUGAGAAGGCUAGAGUUUCAGGCUGACAAGUCUCUAAACAGGAUUACAAUCUUCUUCUUCUGCUGCUUUCUUCUUUGCCUUUUCCUCUUUUGA